AUGUCGGCCGCUUCUCAGGACAGGGACUGGUCUAUCCUACCUAAGGAUGAACCGGAUGACCAGGAUGACCAGGCUACUAACCUUCCGUUGAGUUUCAACCUGGAUAUCACUAGCGUCCAUUACUUUCUCAAGAAUCCAGGGGAUUUCGAUAUCUGGCUUCGCAACAUCACCUGGUACCUAAAGACGCUCGGACUCGAUAAGCUUCUGGACAUUAAAGUCCCCCGACCCCGUCGCGAGAGUCCUGAAUCAAGCCGCUGGCUUGAUUUCUCGCGCAAGGUUUCCAAGUGGCUUGCCCAUAACAUUUCCGAUGACCUGCUGAAAAAGAUCUUGGCCCAUGGAAAGCGUACUGAGCUGGCAGACGAGCUUAUUGCUGAAGCAAAAGCCGAGUUCGAAACCGCCGCAAUAUAUGCAGAUAUCUCUUGUGUUCAGAAGUUCAUGUGGAUAAUCCCUGAUACUUACGCCACCACAAAGGAAUUUGUCUUGCAGUUCAUGGAAAUGCUGCUCGACAUUUGGGCAACUCAGCCUGUCCGAAUCCACCCAUACUUUGCACUUUGCCAACUCUUGGUCAAGCUGCACAUAUUCGACAACAAGAGCAUUUUCGCCCCCAUAAUCGCGGACCUAAACAAAAAGGCCGAUGAUUAUCAUCUUCAGAGUGAUUUCAGUAUCGUGGACUUUCAAGACACUUGCCAUAAUAUCGUCGAACGCCUGGAAACAGCCCAAGCUGUCCUCAGACUGCAAAAUCGAAAGUACUGGCCCCCUCCCGGUGCGAAUCACCACGAACACGCAAAGAUGCUACGUGAAACACUGCCGCAAUACACCGAGGACAAGAAAUGCGCAUAUUGUGGAGGUUUAUUCCACUUGGCCUCCAAGUGCUACUGGCUGAAUCCGGAUGCACGCCCUCCGAACUGGCAACCGAAAGGUGGCAUUUGGAUGUACGAACCGGAGAAAUUUGAUGCUCAGACCCUUGAUAGCCCGACUCCUGCUGCUCAGACCCUUGGUGGUUCCACAGGAGAUAGCUCCUCUGUUGAUGACUCCUCUUCCAGUGGUCUGACUCUUGGUGGCAUCACUAUCGGUAGCCCCUCUGUUGGUCGUCCGGUUGUUGGUGAUAAGACGGCAGUGAAACAGCGUCAGCUUUCGAUUAAUGAAGAGGAGAAGGCACCAGCAGCAGAUGAAAAUCGACAGGACGCUCCGAAGUUUGGGUCGAUUGAAGCGAGAAUAUUUGGCAAGCGCAGCACCGAGCCAACAGGACCGGCCGAACCCCUCAUCAAACUCUCAGAUAACGGAAAGGUCAAGCCUUGGGUGAUUGUUGAUGAGGACGCCCCUCACGCAUGCGGGUGA